AUGACCUCCCCUGAUGCCGUUCUCACACCUUUGGAACUUCGUCAGACUCGAAAAGACAGUUGGAAGCUUCACCUGCGACCUUUGGUCGCCACAACAUACGUCAGACUUCCUCUUGCGGAAGAAGAAUUUCGAUAUUGGUGCGAUAUAUGUGACAAGUUGAUCGUUCACCAUGAGCUCGAUGCGAAACCCAUUGAAGCGUUUCGAAAAGCCCUUUUCAAUGGAACUACCUUCCCAUCUGUCAAUAACCCAUCAGCCAGAUCAGUUGCCAAUCCCAUCGAGACAGCUGAUACCGCAUCCAACUGCAAUACAAUCAGUAACUCCGAUGGUCAAGAUGAAAUGGAUAUCCUUUCAGCUCGCAUCGAAGCUCUCAAUGGUAGUCUCGAUGUGAUCCGUUCCUCAUUUGACGUCCUCGAAAGAAGAGUCACUCAAAUCCAUUCUCGACUUGAUAAAGGCGAUGACAAACUCGAUAAUCUCGAGAUCAAGGUCGACGAUCUGAACAAGCAGGUCAAGCGCCACGAUGAGCAACACCUUAUGCAGGUAUCAUUCAAAAAUACCGAAGCUCUGGAACUUAGGGUCAAGUCAUUGGAAGAGGAAAGCAUGAGUAUAGCAAAGCUAGGAGAUGAUAUGGUCAGCUUGGAAAAAGUUGUACAAUCUGAUUUAGAACUGAGGAGGAAGGAUCAGUCCAGUCUUGAAGAUGUCAGUGGUAAAGUUGAGUUUUUGGAUCAAGAACUCGGGAUGUUAGCGAAGCAAAGUCGUUUAAGAGCAAUCAACAGGGUUUCGAAUCAACGGGAGUUUGGACCUUUACCUCUUCCUCUUUUGACGGGUGAGAUCGCUGGACGGCCCCAAGUCGAUUGGUUGUGCGGCGGAUUUUCCGAGUUGCGAAACAUGGCGGAAGUCGAUUUGAACCAGUUAUUGUUUUCCUAUGGCUUCUCUGAUGAUUUCAAGAUCUACGACCGAACUGUCGAUGUCAAAGCUGCCAUCCUUUCUAGCUUCCUUGGUGGCCCUUGCGAUCCUGAUAUGGACUGA